AUGUCCACACAGCCCCACCCCUCCUCGACGGAACCGACCUCGCGCCCCAAAACCGCCUUCAUCUCCGGCCCCACCGACACAGGCCCGGACCAGGUCUUCUUCGCAAAGCACUACAUCCCCUCCCUAAACACCGCAAUCGCCGCCGGCCACAACUUCAUCCUCGGACCAAUCCUCUCAGGCGUCGACGCUGAUGCGCUCGACUACCUCCUGUCUUAUCCAAUCGCCCCAUCCCGAAUCACAAUCUACAUGACCCGUUCCGAAAACGUCGCGUGGGGGAAAUUAUUCCGGGACCGUGGCGUGUGUGUUUAUGUGCUCGAGGAUAUAUCUGCGACGACGGCGAUGCGCGAUGCGAGGAUGACGGCUCAUAGCGAUUAUGAUAUUCUACGGUGGAGGACGGAGGAGGAGGCGAGGGGGUUUUAUGGGGAGAUGUAUCGGGGCGGGUAUGUGACGAAUACGGAGAGGAAUUGGAGGCGGCGGAGGGGGUUGGCGGAGACGGGGGAGUUGGGGAGGGGAAGUAUUACUGUGGAGGAGAUGGUUGCAAGGGAAUAG